AUCCCCAACUCCCUAUUAAUACAGCUCAGCAGCUCACUUCCAUUUCCCACGCUCACACACAAACGCAAGAAGCUCAAAGAAGCUGAGGCAAGCUCAAGAGAGAAAAAGAAAAAGAAGCCUAGCUAGAACUAGAAGGAGGCUCAAAGGGAUGAUGGGAAGCGAAGGCAGCACGAGCCCAGCGGCGGGGGGAGCCUCCUGCGCGGUCUGCGGCGGCGCGGCGGCGGUGUACUGCGCGGCGGACGCGGCGGCGCUCUGCAGCCCCUGCGACGCCGCUGUGCACGCGGCCAACCUGCUGGCGUCGCGCCACGAGCGCGUGCCUCUCGCCAUGGCCGCGGCGGCGGCGGCGGCAUCCGGCGUGUACGACGACCUCUUCGCGCCCGACGACGUCGACGCCGCGUCGUCGUGGCCGGAGGCGGCGGCGCCCGCGCAGGGGCAGGGGAGCCCCCACCAGAACGGCAGCUCGUCGACCAGCUUCACCACCAGCGACAGCGGCGCGGAGGGCAGGAGCCUGUUCGACCUGCUCUCCGACGUCGACCUCGCGACGGCCGCCUGCGUCACGGGCGGCGGGUACCUGCCGGACGGCUUGGCACCCGUCCAUCACGGCGGCGCUGCGGCUCCGCUGUGGUCGCAGCCCGGCAUGGCCGCGUGGGCGGCCGCGUGGUCCUCCCCAGCGGAUACCGCGGCCGUCGUCGUCCCGGGCGCCGCCGCCGUGGUCGCCGCGGCGGCGGAGCGGGUGGCGAGGGUGCAGAGGUACCGCGAGAAGCGCAAGAACCGCAAGUUCCAGAAGACCAUCCGCUACGCGUCCCGCAAGGCCUACGCCGAGGCCCGCCCGAGGAUCAAGGGCCGCUUCGUCAAGCGCGCCCCCGCCGCCGCCGCCGCCACGAACGCCUCCGACACGGCCAAGUUCUGGCUCUCCUUCUCCGACGACGCCCGCGACGACGGCGUCGGGUUCUACGUCGACGCCGCGGCCUACGGUGUCGUGCCAAGCUUCUAGAAUGUUUCGCCCUGCAGGCCCAGCUUAAAGCAAGUUAAGAAAUGGGCGUGCGCCAUGUCGCCAUGCUAAGGGCGCUAUCAUCGUUCUUGUUCGUCUCAUUUCACUCUUGUGGUCAAUUAUUCGUGGUGAAAUUCCGCUGCCAUCGCUAUUUUUAAAAGAUGGCCCGGGAUUUCCAUGGGUCAGUUGGUGAACAUGAACUAGGGAUUCACGUGUUGUAAGGUAGCCUAAGUAGAUGUUCACCUUAAGUCUCCAUGGAUUGAUUUUCUAUGCUAAGAUGCUUAGUUCUGUGGUAAUUUCUCUCUCGUGUCUCCGGAAGCAAAAAUUGUAGCGAAAGUCCGCCAUUUUUUUUGGAGAUUGUGCGGAUUUUCGAUGGGUCAAUCAGUGAAUAAAGUGGUUAAUCUUUGGUGAAUA